AAGUGACGUUCAGUAAAAGUCUCAUCUUGGAGAAAAGAGCUAAAGAAUCCAUUUUUGUUUGGAUAAAAACAUCCGUCAUUUUUUUUUUAAAUAAGUGUAUAACCUGAUGAUGAUGAUGAUGAUGAUGAGUAGGAAUUAACUGGUGUUUGAUAUUCUAGAAGAUUUAACACCACAUGUAACUCUGUCAGUGUUUAAUCUCCUGUGUGAAGGCGCGGACGCUGAUCAUGGGGGACUGCUUACACACCUCGGCUGACAGUUUGUCUAAACUGGUGAAAUGGGCGCACAGUCACGGGACGAUCUGCACGCUGAUCCCGAGCUUGAAGCACUUGCUGACGGAGGGAGCUCACGGAAACCUGACGGCACUGUGGGGCUGCAGCGCCGGCCACGCCUACCACUGGCCCUUAACGUCCUCCUGUAAAACGGCCCACAAGGACCGGAUGUGUUACGAGCGAAGCAGCCGAGGGAUCAGUUCCGAAUCCCUGAUGCAGGGCGCAGCGGCCAUGCAGAGCAGCUCGACGCCGAGGUUCCUGACUAGCGCGGCCAAAUCGAGCAAAGGUGACUCGAACCAGACCCGAGACUCGUACGACUUCUCCAACUGCAGCGAGCCGUCCGAGAUGGACGACAACGCCGAGGAGCACCUGUUCGACAUCGUGUGCGAGUCCUCGGCCACCGACGAAGAGGGCGAUUCCGAGCCCAGGGUCACGCCCAGAAAACGGAGCACUAAGGGGCCGAGCUCGGACGACUCUACCGAUCCCGGCGCAAAGAAAAUCAAGCAAGAGCGAGCUGAAGAUUAUUACACGGUGGCUAACGCACAAGCACAAGCCGCCUCAGAGGGCGCUCCGUCGUGUAGCAUCUCCCAGUCGCCCAAACCCACCUCUCAGAUCAGACCUUCAUCCAGAUCUUCAGCACCACACAAUCCACAGCUCCUGGAGGACGGAGAUCUGGUGGGCGUGUCCUCCUCACCGCCGGAGAACUCCUCCUCAUCUGUGACCAAACACAUGCACACGCCAAUCAGCGGCUCUCAAAACAGAACACACAUGAACUCGCACAUGAACCCGGCGGCCAAUCAGAGCGCGGCGUCUCUGAGCCAACCGGGAAGGAGUGACAUGGUGGAAGUGCUUCCUAACGGGGACUUCAGCCUGCCCUUUGAGGAUCCCUCAGGUGUAGUGCACCCUGAAAUGGACAUUUUAGCAGCACAGAGUCUCAGCGCAGAGCCCAAAGGUGACGCAGGAUGUCUGAACUCGGAGGAACCGUUCUGGCCGUCCACAUCGGACCUCUGUCCGAACUCGGAGAGUCACUCUGAGGAGAGGAAGCAGCUGGAGGAGUACAUCACCAGCGUGGAUCCUGUAACGUUACGGAACCUCCAAGCUGUCAUCUCACGGGUUCUCAGGUUCCACGAGCAGACCCGCGUGCAGGUUCACAGCCCUCCUCGUCCUGGAGAACAAGAACUGUUCCCCGGUUCCGGACUCUUCCUCCCUCCCUAUAAACUGGCCUGUAUUCACCAGGAGUCGCGUCAGGACAGCAUGCGGCUCUUCCACCUGCUCUUCGAACACUUCUUCACCGAGGAGGACCUCAUCGGCGCCGUGGCUUUCGGGAAAAGGGGCAAAGUUCCGGACGGGAAAAAAAUCCUGGACAGAAGAAAAGUUGACGGGAUCAUAUCGUACGUUCUGCGGUGUUCCACGCUGGAUGGAUGGACGCCGGUGGAAUCGGCGAAGCUGAAGAAAGCGUGCAUCAACAAGUGCAGACUGAGAAUCGGCCAGAGGAAGAAGUUAGCUCAGGGGCCGUAUCUGUUCCACAAGUCUGGCCCGUCGUAUAUCUGAGUUCCAUCUCUGCGGAGUGUUAGUGUGUUAUUAUCCGUGAUCAUUCGUAAACGUACAGGAGUGAAACGUCUUCAAUUAUUUUCCCUCUACAAAAAUACUGAAUCUGAGCUGUUUUGUUUAUAAAAAUGCUUUAAAUCGGCUUCGCGAUGCGUUUACUCGAAACAAACGUAGCAGGAUAAUAAUCAAAAUCUCCAGUAUCCGAAGUUUUCUCUGGAAAAACGUUUCAUACUCGCUCAUUUCCAGACGUUUGGAAAAUUCUGAAAAUGUUAUGAGGGGAAAAUAUAGAUCACUCUCUUGUAAAAUAAUAAUAAUAAUAAUAAUAAUAAGACUCAAGAUAAGGUCUGUUGUCUUUGAUCAUUUCAUUAUUCGCUGCACUAAGGCUGCUUUCACACCUGCUGGAUUUUUCCCCAGUGUUUUGUUCGUGUUGAUCACCUGACACGACGCCCGCACUGUAACCAUAACGACGCUCUUUCUGGUCCUAGCUAAUAUCAGCUAGCUCCGGUGAUGAGGACGUUGUUUGUCUUUGUUCGCUGUAGCUUUUUAGAGACAGAAAUUCACACCACAGUUAAAGAAGGAGGUCUUUCACGUAUCGCUAUUUGUCCCAAACGUACACUCGCUGGUGCUUUCAGGUUAUCCGUCCAUCUCAGAUUCUCGUUAUAUCUCGGGAUUAUCUCGAGAACGGAUGGCGGGAUGUUUGUAGGAUUUAUAUGGAAUGAUCGUUGGAACCAGCAGAGGAGCAGACUAGGUUUUGGAAUUGAUCUAAGCAGGUUCAAGGUCAAAGCAAGGUCAAAUGUCUGAAAUAGAUUUUUCCUCGAUAGCUUCUUUGCAGUUUGAAGUGUAUUUUAACGGUAUGUGAGCCGUACAAGACGGACUAGAUUAGUUAGCGGUGGAGGAAUUCCCGUCCACGCCGCAGAAGAAGAGAGUUCUGCUUCUUAUUCGGAAUAUCGGCAGGGAAAUAUUUUCCAUUCGGCACUUCGGAAAUCUCCACAUAUUCACUCACUAACAAGACUCAGUUUUCACCAGCACUUUGUCCUCCAUGUUUGUUUUUCUCGUCACAGCCUGACUGAUCAGGAGGUAAAAAUAUUGUUCGAUGCCAACUCUUUUUUUUUUUUUUUCUUUCCUUCCUAACUUGGUUUUAGCUACUAAACAGGAAGGCUAACACGUGCUUCCUCUGAGACGCGUGAAGCCGCCAAUCACAUCGUUUCGAGCUGUUGCUCAUGCCGCGUCACACACCGAGGAGAGCGCUGUCUGCCCUCUUCCACAUACAUGAGCUCACGGAUGACCAUGAUUGGCUGGUGUCACUGUGAUUGACAGAGGAGAGAGAGUAUGCCCCUCCCACUCAAAGAGCACGGAUAAUUUUGGACACGGAUGGCUGUGGCGUCGUCGGGAUCCGAACUCGCGAUCUCAGGAUGAUUUGUUUGUGAGAGGAAAAAAAAAACUGACAUCAGCGCUUUUUGAUCCGUAGGAUAACGUUUGAAACGUGCGUUUACGAAAUAAACACAGUGUGAAAGCAGUCUAAUGCGCAUGACAUUUCAGUAACUCCUGUUAAAAUGCGGAGGUGUCCUUAAGUUUACUUAAAAACGAAUAAAACCUGUUUAACGUGGACUUCUAAGAGGAAUCACUCUGAGCUUCGUGUCGAGAUUAACAGUCUUUUUACCUUUUUAUAAAAGUUAUUUCUUUGUGAUCUUUGUAGCAUAUUUCAUAUUUUAUGAUCUGUAAUAAACAUUGGAAUUGUGUUCAUGGUGUAACUAUUUCAGAAUUUCUGCUCUAAACCUUGAAUAGUCUGGACAUUUUAUCCCAAUCUCUUAAUUUUUAUUUUAUUUGCACCGUUAUUCUUCAGAUAUCUUUUGGGUUUGUAGCACGGUACAGAAAUACAGGACUCUCAGAUCUGUGCAAGGUUUAUCAAACUUUUGCUUUUAUGUUUUUUUUUUUUCUUCUUUGUUUAAUGAUCUUAAUCAUGUUGUUGUUUAUGAUGUGUAAAAGUGGCCUAGCUACAACACUUGUGUAAAUUUUAUUUCCUGUGUGUGUGUGUGUUGCGUAGCCACGUCAGAUGAUAUUUUAUAUUCUCUUCUCUACUUUGAGAAAUAUAUUACACCUGAACCUUUUGGCUGUACGUUAUGAGGUGAAGACUGAAAAGUUAAAACCGCAGUAAACUGUAAGUACGCACGUGAUCGUUCUCCUUAUAAUCCAUGCUACACGGAAACGAGUGAAGUCGAGUCAGUGCUACAGUCUGUAUUUAUUUUUGAUGUGUAAAUAAUCGGUUUUGAUAUUUGAUGCAUCAUCGACGUUAGGAUUUAUUUUCUAACAAAAUAUUUUAAUAAAAA